CCCUCUCCUGCAUCUGUCGCCGCGAUCGGCCAUCGGCGCUAUCCGCUGCAUAUCCGCUGCACAUCCGCUGCAACCCGUGGCCCCCACCCGCCAUGUCCAACCCCUUCUCCAAGCACAGAAUACCGCCGCGAGGCUCCGCCCGUCCUCGAGUUCGGGCCCACGUCCGAUCCGAGCCGAUCUGGUCCAGGAUCAAGUCAGCACCCGGCGACUUUUGGAUGAGGCUCGGGGAGUGGUGGGCCUCCUGGGACAGCGAGGCCAUUUUCGAGAGCAUCAGCAUUCCCACCGCAGUCGGCGUAGCCACCAUCCACACAAUCGUCUCGAUCAUCUUCAAUCAGUUUCUGGAGGCCGAGAAGGAUGUGCAGAACCUCGACAGCCUCAACCUCAGCCUCCGGUUCAGAAUCAUCCCGGACUUUCCUGCCGUCCUCGAUGCCAGCACCUCGCAUCAAUUGGUCCGCUAUGGACUCUUUUUUGCACAGACCUCCCUGUGCACGCUCUCGCUUCUCAAUUCCAUCUUCCUUUUCCGGAGAUCGAAGCGCUUCGUCCUGUUCCGCGAGCCGGUGAACGAAAGUGAACCAGCACCCAAGUUCAAGAGUCCGAAUGCUCAGAUCAUCGAGAUCAAUGUGGACCAGACCCAGUUCGACGAUGGCGAAGACGAUGAGCAAGACAUGAACGAGGAUGAAGAAGAUCCGGCGCUGUCUCCGUCCAAACCAAAGCGGACCCGUGCGUGGUGGCCACUCACGCCCAAGCGAGACAGCGGCCCUGAGGAAAGAAAGCAAAAGCUCGAAAAGAAGUGGGUCCUCAACGUGUGGAAUCCCAGUGUCUCGUCACUCAACUUUUUCAUCAUUUUCUCUCCCCCAACAGCGCUCACGCUUUCGUAUUCGACCGAGGAUACUGUGUUGACUUGCAUCUUCCAGACGUCGCUUGUCUCACUGGCGCUCUACUUGCUGGUCAAGGCGUUCCGCGAGCUGUUGCACGACCAGGAGAUCCUCAAAGGCCAACUGCUGCAGGAGUAUUCCGUUGGCUUUGUUUACAAGCAGUAUCCCUUCAAGGCCAAGAAUGAUGCCGCCUGCGGUGACUCGGACUCACUCCCGGACGACCACCUUCGCGACCGGGUAUUCUCCUGGAUGGAGGACACCCAGCCAGCUGACCAAAGCAACCAAUAGCCAGCCGUCGCUCUGCACAGGACAUCCCGACAGCGUGCUCGUGUAGCGCUUCUAUAUUUCUUGCACAUUGUAACGACUGCAUGUCUCUUGAUUCACAUGCUGCGAGCUGCACGAGAACUUGCCGAUAUGCAAACAACCGUACUCAUGUCCCACGAGAUGGAGCGCGCCGAGUCAGAAAGCCAAGCCAUGGCCAACGACAGUGCGACAAUCUGUGGAUCUGACUCGAACACAACUGUGUGGUCAUCCAGCGGCACAGCAAUGCGAGUGAGCCCGUCAUCGAUACUUGUGUCGGUGUAACUCCGAUGCCA